CCAUGUUGCAUCUAUUUCUUGUAUGCAAAUCUGAAGUAGCAAUUCAUCUUUUUUCCAUUUAACAUAGCUCUCUCUUGGUUCAGAUAGAUUAUUACUGCCUAUCUUUUAAUGGCAUUCUCUAUUAGAACUUCCUUUACCUUUCCUCGGCCAACUCCAUUAGCUAAAGAUAAUUUAAGUCUUGCCAAACAUCACAAUUUCCAUUCUAGUAGCUUGAAAAUUUCAAAUUAUCCUAUUACUGAUGAUUGUAGAAGAAAAUACGAAGACAAAUUAAAAGCAUUCAAGAAUAUCCUACUCAGCAAAAGUACUAAAGAAGACGCGUUCCAAGGUCUACUAAUGGUUGAUGCUAUACAACGCCUAGGCAUCGAGCAUCAUUUUGAGGAAGAGAUCGACGCAGUUACUCUAAACAACUAUACUUUGAUACCUAGCACACAUCAUGAUCGCGAUCUUUAUGAGGUUGCUCUUAGAUUUCGUCUUCUGAGACAAGAGGGUUACUUCAUGCCUGCAGGCGUUUUCGACAACUUUAAGGACAAAGAGGGGGAAUUUAAAGAUGAAUUAAGAGACGGCAUCAGGGGGCUAAUGAGUUUGCAUGAAGCUUCACAGUUAAGUAGGGAAGGAGAAGAUAUACUUGAUGAAGCAAGAGGCUACAGUUAUGAGAUCCUGCAUUCAUUGGCGACGCAUCUCGACUCUCCUCAAGCUAAAGCAGUAGAGAAUGCAUUGAAGCAGUCACAUUUAAGAAGCCUGCAAAAGUUCAUGGGACAAAAAUUCAUUAUGAAUAUUGUAUGGCAAAACGGGUGGGUGAAUGAGUUACAAGAAGUAGCAACGCUUGAUUUUAAGAUAGUUCAACAUCAGCACCAACAAGAAUUUGUUCAAGUUUUAGAGUGGUGGAAAGAGCUUGGAAUGUCGCAUGUUUUAACGUUUGCAAGAGACCAGCCAGCUAAAUGGUACGUAUGGUGCGUGGCAGCCUUAACAGAUCCGAGAUUGUCACAGCAAAGAAUUGACCUCAUCAAGCCCAUCGCCUUCGUUUACUUAAUAGAUGAUAUUUUUGAUAAGUAUGGAACUGUUCUAGACCUCAUUCUCUUUACAGAAAUUGUCAGCAGGUGGGACAUUGCAGCCACUGGACAACUACCAGAUUGCAUGAGGAUUUGCUUCGAGGCUCUUGACAAUGUCACUAAUGAGAUUAGCUACAAGGUGUAUAAACAGCAUGGAUGGAACCCUUUAGAAUCUCUACGAAAAUCGUGGGCAAGUUUGUUCGGUGCCUAUCUAGUGGAAGCGACAUGGUUUGCUUCUGGAGAAUUGCCAAGUUCUGAGGAGUACUUAAAGAAUGGGAUCGUAACUUCAGGUUUACCAAUGGUUCUAGUUCACUUUUUCUUUCUGUUGGGUCAAGGUAUAACAGAGAAAAAUGUCGAGCUCCUCAACGGGAAUCCUGGCAUGAUACAAUCGACAGCCAAGAUUCUUCGGCUCUGGAAUGACUUGGAAAGUGCCAAGGAUGAGGAUCCGGAUGGCUAUUCAUAUGUAGAGUGCUACAUGAAGGAACAUCAAACAUCUUCAGCCGAAAAUGCUAGAGAUCAUGUUCUAGAUAUGAUAGCAGAAACAUGGAAAAAACUCAACGAUGAGUGCCUAUUUCAAAAUCCAUUCUCGCCAACUUUUACCAAAGUCUGUCUAAAUUUUGCAGGAAUAAUGCCUUUGAUGUAUAGUUAUGAUGAAAUCCCUCACCUUUCCAUUCUUGAGGAGUAUGUCAAUAAAAAGAAUGUACGAACGAGAAAAGAUAGCAAAGGGCUAUAUAUGAUUAAGGUAUUUCGUGACCAUUAUGGACAGUUUAUUGCAGCUAAAUCAAACAUGUUUGAUAAUGCCCGUCUAAUUGGUCCUGACGGGAAAUCAAACAUGUUUGAUAAUGCACGCAAGGUGUUCGAUGAAAUGCCUCUGAGAAAUUGUAGAAGGAGGCAUGUAUCAUGUAAUGCACUUCUUGCAGCUUGUGUUGAAUCUAAGAAGUUUGAUGAGGAAGAGGUGGGCAUACCAUUGCUUGUUGAGGUGGAAAUGGAAGGAGAGAAGCCUGAUUUAAUCACUUUUAAUACUCUUUUAUACGGGUUGUGUACGAAUAGGCGAUUUGUUGACGGGGAGAAAAAUUGGAGUCAAAUGCUGCAAAAUGAUAUCCAUCCUGAUAUAAGUAGUUAUAAUACAAAGUUACAUGGUUUAGCAUUGGAUAAUCUUAAAUCAACUAAAGAUGCUGAUAGUAGUAGUGAUUGCAAGCCUGGUAAAUUCACUUUUACUACAUUGAUUCCUUUUGCAUGCGAGAAGGGUGAUUUAAAGUUUGCUUUUGAGCUUUCUAAAGAAAUUAUUACAAGCAAAUGUCCAGUUAACGUCGCAUUGUUACAGCAAGCUUUGGAUGUAUUAGCUAAGGAGUUAAAGACUGAGGAGGCAAUUAGCGUAAGAUUAGCUUCUUGGUAUGUUUGUUCUGCAUUUUCUGUUGAUUUGUGGGCUAUUGCCAUUGCUUUAAUAUCUUAUGAAUGGGGUUUGAUUCAUAUGGAGCCUUUCAUAGUGCAGAAAAAGAAUCCUCUGCAUCCUAGAAGUAGUACUUCAUUUCUUUUUCCAUUUAACAUAGCUCUCUCUUGGUUCAGAUAUAUUAGUUCCUCUCUUUUAAUGGCAUUCUCUAUUACAACUUCCUUUACCUUUCCUCAGCCAACUCCAUUAGCUAAAGAUCAUUUCAGUCUUGCCAAACAUCACAAUUUACAUUCUAGCAGCUUGAAAUUUUCAAAUUAUCCUAUUACUGAUGAUUGUAGAAGAAUAUACGAAGACAAAUUAAAAGCAUUCAAGAAUAUCCUACUCAGCAAAAGUACUAAAGAAGACGCGUACCAAGGUCUACUAAUGGUUGAUGCUACACAACGCCUUGGCAUCGAGCAUCAUUUUGAGGAAGAGAUCGAUGCAGUUACUCUAAACAACUAUAAUUUGAUACCUAGCACACAUCACAAUCGUGAUCUUUAUGAGGUUGCUCUUAGAUUUCGACUUCUGAGGCAAGAGGGUUACUUCAUGCCUGCAGGCGUUUUCGACGACUUUAUGGACGGAAAGGGGAAAUUUAAAGAUGAACUAAGAGAUGACAUCAGGGGGCUAAUGAGUUUGCAUGAAGCUUCACAGUUAAGUAGGGAAGGAGAGGAUAUACUUGAUGAAGCAAGAGGAUACAGUUAUGAGAUCCUGAAUUCAUUGGCAACGCGUCUCGACUCUCCUCAAGCUAAAGCAGUAGAGAAUGCAUUGAAGCACUCACAUUUCAGAAACUUGCAAAAGUUUAUGGGACAAAAAUUCAUUAUGAAUAUUGUAUGGCAAAACGGGUGGGUGAAUGAGUUACAAGAAAUAGCAACACUGGAUUUUAAGAUAGUUCAACAUCAGCACCAGCAAGAAUUUGUUCAAGUUUUAGAGUGGUGGAAAGAGCUUGGUUUGUCGCUUGUUUUAACGUUUGCAAGAGACCAACCAGCUAAAUGGUACGUAUGGUGCAUCGCAGCCUUAACAGAUCCAAGCUUGUCACAGCAAAGAAUUGACCUCAUCAAGCCUAUCGCCUUCGUUUACUUAAUAGAUGACAUUUUUGAUAAGUAUGGAACGCUUCCUGACCUCAUUCUCUUUACAGAAAUUGUUUGCAGGUGGGACAUUGCAGCCGCUGGACAACUACCAGAUUGCAUGAGGAUUUGCUUCGAGGCUCUUGACAAUGUCACUCAUGAGAUUAGCUACACGGUUCAUAAACAGCAUGGAUGGAACCCUUUAGAAUCUCUGCGAAAAUCGUGGGCAAGUUUGUUCAAUGCCUAUCUAAUGGAAGCGAGAUGGUUUGCUUCUGGAGAAUUGCCAAGUGCUGAGGAGUACUUAAAGAAUGGGAUCGUAACUUCAGGUUUACCAAUGGUUCUAGUUCACUUUUUCUUUCUGUUGGGUCAAGGUAUAACAGAGAAAAAUGUCGAGCUCCUCAACGGGAAACCUGGCAUGAUACAAUCGACAGCCAAAAUUCUUCGGCUCUGGAAUGACUUGGGAAGUGCCAAGGAUGAGGAUCCGGAUGGGUAUUCAUAUGUAGAGUGCUACAUGAAGGAACAUCAAACAUCUUCAGCCGAAAAUGCUAGAGAUCAUGUUCUAGAUAUGAUAGCAGAAACAUGGAAAAAACUCAACGAUGAGUGCCUAUUUCAAAAUCCAUUCUCGCCAACUUUUACCAAAGUCUGUCUAAAUUUUGCAGGAAUAAUGCCUUUGAUGUAUAGUUAUGAUGAAAUCCCUCACCUUUCCAUUCUCGAGGAGUAUGUCAAUAAAAAGGUAAGGGAAUGAACAAGAAUCCGCACUUGCUACUAUUUCAUGGAUUUCGACAGCGGUAGCUGUUUUAUGUUUUGUGUGCACGGAUUUGCUAAACUACUCAUCAGGAACAACAUGACACUGCAGAAUGUACGAACAAGAAAAAUAGCAAAGGGUUAUAUAUAAUAUGAAUAAAGGAUUAUUUAUGAUUAAAGGAUUUUGUGACCAUUAUGGAUAGUUUAUUGCAGCUAAGCAUGUAGGUAUUCUAGGAAGAAUGGAGCCGAGAAUCGCAGAGGCGAUUGGCUUUCAUGAAGCCUUGAGCGGGACUAAAUCCAGAAGUAACUCCUAUAUUCUGUUAGAAUCUGAUUGUUAAGAACUGAUCUUAGCCCUAAAAUAUCCCAAUAGGGAUUUAUCUUAUUUUUCUGACAUUGUUUCAGAUUGUAAUUGUAUUUGUAUUUCUUUGUUAAGCUCUAAGGAUUUUAUAUCCAUUGUUAUAAAACAGUCAGCGAACUCGGCUGCCCAUUGCUUGGCAAAAGCAGUCGAUUCUAUGUCUAUGAGUAA